AACUUUACGCAAUAGAUUAGCGCUCCAAGUGGAACUUGUAUUUAGUAGUAAUUUUACGCUUGGAUCGUCUAGUUCAGUAAAUGUGUAUAGUAGUCCUUUAUCAAAGUAUUUUCUAGUGAUUUAAUUCUGUAUUAAAAUAUGUUGGCACAACAGCUACGUAACGUGUUGACAAACCACGCGAUUUGUGGUCAAUAUUCAAUAAAGUUCAUUGCCUGCUAUGCCACUAGUGUCAAGUCUAAAGGAAAAAUUUUCGACAGUGCAGCUGCAGCCGUUUCCGAUAUACCAAAUGGAUCUAAAAUUUUAUUCGGUGGAUUUGGUGUCUGUGGCAUACCCGAAAAGCUGAUUGAUGCACUUCGAGAAAAAGGUGUCAAGGAUAUAACUGCAGUUUCAAAUAAUGGAGGCGUUGAAGAUUGGGGUAUCGGUUUACUUAUACAAAAAAAGCAAAUCAGCAAGAUGAUUUCAUCUUAUGUAGGCGAAAAUAAGGAACUGGUCCGACAAUACUUGGCCGGUGAACUGGCCAUUGAGUUGACACCACAAGGAACUAUUGCCGAGAAGAUUAGAGCUGGCGGCGCUGGCAUUCCGGCAUUUUUUACGCCCACCGGAUACGGUACCCUUGUACAAAAAGGAGGCGCCCCAAUUAAAUAUACACAAGACGGCAAAAUCGCAGUUGCUAGUAAGCCCAAGCAGGUGCAAACAUUUAAUGGAAAGGACUACGUUAUGGAGGAAUCCAUUUUUGCCGAUUAUGCAGUCGUAAAGGCUUAUAAGGCUGAUCCUUAUGGAAAUUUGGUAUUUAACAAGUCAGCAAGGAAUUUCAACGCACCAAUGUGUCGCGCUGCUAAAACAACUAUUGUUGAGGUUGAAGAUAUUGUACCUGUUGGUGCAUUAAAUCCGGAUGAAAUUCAUAUUCCAGGAAUUUAUGUAGAUCGGAUCAUUAAAGGCGUUAACUACCGCAAAAGAGUGGAACGCUUGCGGCUGCGUGAAAGCAGUGACAGCGCCUCGAAAUCUAGUCCAGGUCAGGAGUUACGGGAGCGCAUUGCGAAACGCGUAGCUUUGGAAUUUCGUGAUGGCAUGUACGCCAAUCUGGGUAUAGGAAUGCCAGUUCUAUCUGCUAACUAUAUACCUAAAGGCAUCAAUGUUAUGUUGCAAUCGGAAAAUGGCAUAUUGGGCUUGGGACCAUUCCCAACAAAGGAGGAAGUUGAUCCCGAUCUAAUUAAUGCCGGCAAAGAGAGUGUAACUGUUGUGCCUGGAGCGGCAUACUUUGGCUCUGACGAUAGUUUUGCUAUGAUUCGUGGUGGACAUGUAGAUUUAACGAUACUCGGAGCUAUGGAGGUAUCCGCUACUGGUGAUUUGGCUAAUUGGAUGAUACCGGGUAAACUUGUGAAAGGCAUGGGAGGCGCCAUGGAUUUAGUGGCAGCACCUGGCACAAAAGUCAUUAUAACAAUGGAACAUAAUGCGCGAGACGGUUCACCAAAAAUAUUAGACAAAUGCACUUUGCCUCUAACUGGGCAAGGCAUUGUUGAUAUGAUUAUUUCGGAAAAGGCUGUCUUUACCGUGGAAAAAGGCGUUGGCUUAACAUUAACAGAAAUCGCUGAUGGGUUUUCAGUUGAAGACGUACGUUCUUGCACUGGUGCUCAAUUUGAAGUUUCUUCGAACCUUAAAAAUAUGGCUCAAAUCGAGUAAAAUUUCAAUUUUUUAUGUCAAUCAAAUAUCGUCACCUGAGAUGCAAAAGGGUGUAACUAG